AUGGAUGUAGUUCGAGAAGAACAAGCUGCCUUCAAAGAGGAGAUGGACUCUGUCAAAAGCAAGAUUGAGCAGAUCUUUGAGGCUAUACAAGCUCUGGCUAGAAGGGAAGAAGAGGCUCGUGUUGCCGCUCCUGCAAGGAACGAUGCUCUAGUUCAAGGGGUUGCUCUUCAGUCAGGACCUUCAGUUCCUAUUCCAAAUCCUGUUAUCUACGGUCUUCCUCUAGGUUUUGUUCCACCGCCUGAAAGAACUCAUGUGCCUCCACCUGCGCAUACUUCUAGAGUAGCUGAUGGAGUCGCUGCGCAAGGACCUCCGAUAGUCAAUCAGGUGGUCAUUCCACGCACUGAUGAGGAGCUCCAGGACGAGUUUGAAAUGCAGAAUUACAAUGGAGCUACUCCAAUGGUCAUCCCUACUGCUGCCCAAGAUUCCGAGGCUAUCUUGAUGUGCUGUGCUCUGGCCGAAAAGCUAAGAAUCUUGGAAGGACAUAACUCAACCCGAUUGAGUGCCUUGGAGAUGUGUCUGGUCCCAGACGUGUUGGAGUGUAGCAACAUCCAUACUUGGGAUGAGUUGGCUGAAGCAUUUGCAAAGCAAUACAAAUAUAAUACUGACAUGGCACCAAACUGUACUCAGCUUCAGAGUAUGGCCCAGAAAGACAGUGAGUCUUUCAAAGAAUAUGCGCAACGCUGGAGAGAAUUGGCUGCAAGGGUGCACCCACCAUUGGUUGAUCAUGAAUUGAUUGACAUUUUCAUGGGUACCUUGCAGGGCCAAUAUUAUGAAAGAUUGAUCAGUAGUGUGUUCACAGGAUUUUCUGACAUGGUGAUCGUAGGAGAAAGAGUAGAAGAAGGACUGAAAAGUGGUAAAAUCCAGGGAGGUUCCAUCAGUCAACCAAUCUUGAAGAAGCCUUUCAACGGAUUCAAGAGGAAGGAGGAUGGGACUAGUUCCAUUUCUUCUCAAAGGGGGAGGGAACCAUACAAGACUCCUGCAUCUGUGCCUUAUUAUCAGUACCCUUACGUAGCGGCUGCUCUAUAUCCAACCAUACUUUACCGUCCAAUUGCUCCUGUUCCUAUUCCAGCUCCGGUACCUCACUAUCAAGUUCCAGUUCCUCAAUAUCAAGCUCCACAACCCCAGUUCCAGGCUCCUCCACCUCAACAUCAACAGAGAAAUCAACAAAAUAAUCAACCACGUCCAGUUCAGCAGCAACGACCAAAUCAACAGAGGCCAUAUCAACAGUACAAUAAUGUGAAUACCACUCCUAUCCCAAUGACUUACACUCAAUUACUACCGUAUCUGAUUCAGAAUGGGACUGUCGUGCCAAGGGCAUUACCUCCAAUGCCGAAGCUGCAUAAGCCUUGGUAUGAUGAGAAUGCUAGAUGUGCCUUUCAUGCUAAUUCAUAG